CAGAGUUUAAACGUUUACAGUCUCAAUACUGCACAGAUCCAACACAUCUUAGUAUUAAAAAUGAAUCCAGUUCCUGAUUCAGCCAUCUCCAGUCCAGCACUGGAAGAGAAAGAACAGAGUACUUUGGAGAACAUCUCAGCAAUGGAGCAAAUUCUAACACCAAACCAUGCCGGGAAUAAACCGACCAGAGAGCUUUCUGGUGAAGGUCCAGAUGUAGGAUUAUCCGAUCUGAGAUCUUCUCCUGGGAUUACAGGAAAAAGUGUCCUAGAUUUAGUAGAACCCGAAUUGACCACAGCAGAUCCCACGACCAGUGUGGAACCCAAAGAUCCAGGUGCUACUUCAUUAGAUAUAGAUGAAGAUCCAGCAAUUUCACUGGAGCAUCCAGAGGAACCUGCGUCAACACCAUCAAGACCUUGUGAACCUACUCAUCCGUCCACCUUUUCCGGUAUGGAAGGACCAGAGGACCAGCAUCUGAACCCACCACAAACUGAUAAGUUUCCGAAGAUACAGCUAUGUGAAGAUUCCUUCAAAAGCUUGAAAACAUCUCAAAAGACUUCUGAAAAUCCAGUCCAACCUAAUGUGCAGUCCAAGCUCUCCAAGUGGCUGCAGAGAAACGAUCUAGAACCUGUCAGUGAAGAAAAACUCCACGAACGCCAAGAGAAAUAUGAUCCAGAACCUUCUAGUACAGACAUCUUUCUUGACUGGCUGAAGAAAAACGAUCUAAAACCCGAGGAGCUGAUUUCAUUCCAUGAACCGCUCCAUGAAGCAUCUCUACAAGUUCCUGAACAUCCUGCCCAACCUCAGUUACCGUCUGUGCUCUCCGAAUGGCUGGAAGAAAAUAAUCUAGUACUUAUUUGUGAAGAUGUUCCCCCUGUUUCAGAGUCUUCUGGUGAAGAUGGUGCACUUUUUAAAUGGUUGGAGAAAACUGAUCUCAAACCUGCUAGUGAAGAUGUUCCUUCUGUUCCAGAACCUGGUGGAAGAUACGCAGAUAAUCUAGAACCUUCUGGUGAAGAUGCACUUUUUGAAUGGCUGGAGAAAAUUGAUUUAGAUCCUGCUAGUGAACAUAGUCUAGCUGAAUGGUUGAAGAGACAUGAUCUAGAACUUGCUGGUGAAGGCAUUGUAUCUAGCAGGCUGGAAAAGAGUCAUCUAGAACCUUCUAGAGAAGAUGAUGGAUCUAAAUGGUUAAAGAGAAAUGAUCCCAAACCUAAUUGUAAAGAAGAUGGAGUUCAAUGUUCUCCACUUUAUAGUUUUGAAACCACAAUGCUAUCAGGACAGAAUCCACAGUUUGGAGCUGUGGUGGUUCCUCAGCUGGUAUCUACAUCAACUCAAACUCCAUUGGUGGGAAGCAAUCAGGGAUCUCAGAUGGCCAAGAACCAGAACCUGAAUCCUCAACCAGCCUGCCAGUUUUCGCCUGGUCCACUGAGGUAUCUGCAUCUCAAUGCCCAUCAUGAGCCAAGUUUCCUCAUGUCAAACCAUUUGAAGAACUUUCCACCAGCUCUAGAUCCAAACCUCCAACCAAUCCUCCACCCCAAACCUCUCCUGCCACCUCCACCUCCUUUUAUUCCCCACGCCAGAUUCUACCCAGCAUUCCAGCAUCACACAUCUCCUCAGGGGCCCCAGAUACACCUUCACUCCAUCCCGACUCCGUCGAUGUUCAGUAGCUCCUGCCCGUCUCCACUCCACCUCGACCUGCACACUCAGCAGGCAAACAGAAACUACAGGCUGUGGCAGAUGUACUGCAGGCUGGCGAGGUUCUUCUGCUCCAGCAGUCCAGAUCUGGAGGCCUUGGCUUGCUUCUUAAUACCGGUGGUCCAGUCCCUCACGUCACAAUCGCUGAACCUCCCGUUCUGCACGGCGGUGAGAGUCGCCGUGUCGGAGUGGAAGACGUGUUCCAACUCGGAUCGUAUGGAUUAUUACCACAUGGCUCAGACGUUCUUAGACUUUGAAAAGAUGGAAUUGAGACUCAUGGGGGUGGACGAAGAGUCUGAUGGUGUCCAGCAGCUCGUAUCCGAAAGACAAACAAAACAAAAGGCAGGCGAUUCAGGUGCAGAUACCAGAGCACAGAAGCCUGAUGAAGCAGAACUACUGAAGUACAGAGAGAUCCUGAAAGAAUUUGAAGCAGAAGUUAAAGAAUGGUCUGAAAAAGCUCAAGGAGCAGACGUGUUGGUUAACGAGGUGAAUCUGGAGACGGAUGGAGGAACAUUUGCACAGUAUCUUAACGAGCUUUGCAGCCAGGAGUUCAUAACCAAGCAGGUCGAGGAUGAAAUAGACAUGGCAUUUCUAUGCUCCCUACUAUCAGAUCCCAGUACCACUGACCUUCUGAUGCAGCCACCGGCUCCUGACAGUACAUGGGAUGUACCUGCUGCUGUGGCUGCCGUCACUUCAAAUCCACUAGCACCUGAUCCACCACCACAAACCUGCGACGGACUCCAGGCCAGACCUAGUCAGCCUGCUCGUCCACUUGUUUCCAACUUUAAUGUUCCCGACUUCGGAAGACCAUCAACAAGCGUCUCAAAGGAUGAACCACGUGAGCUACGAAAGCCCACGUACGGAGGAACUCUACUGUCAAGUCCACAGAGUCUCCUGCCUUAUCACUUAUCGCCCCGGAUUCCUACACUGUCGCCUGGCCUUCAGGUGGUUCCACUCUACCUCAGUGAUCCUCAAGGGUUCUGGAUGGGUUCUUUCAUUAAUCCUGUCCUACUUCAACAUAUCCCCCAUGGUGCCUUUCAAGCCAGCCUGACUCCUCAGGAUGCUCACCUUGCUGGAGAAAGCAGUCAACAAACACAAACUCCCGAAUCACAAGCUACGGGAGCAAAACCUGACAACCUUAAUUCCGAGCGUGUGAUGCCUUAUCAAUCCUGCCAGUCCAGGUUGACUGAGCCACAGUCGACCCCCAAUAACUCUAAAAACACUGACAGGGUGGCUCAGACAAGAAGAAGAAAGAUGAAGCCCAAAAAAUUAUUUGUUUCUCCAACAGAUGGCUCCGAGACCACGGUAGUCGACGCCAAAGCAAAGCCUGGUAAAAAGAAAAAGCAAAGCAAGAGGGCGGUUGGCGUACGAGAAACCCUUGGGCCGACAGAGGAAGAAGCGGCCAUUUGUCAAAUUCUGAAACUGCUCUCCGACCCCUCGUACUUUGCUCAAGACUCCCCUACAUCUAAAGAGCCUCAAGGAAUCCUCAGUCCUCUUUACAACAACGAGACGUCAACUGAGAACGUAGAGACUAGUUCCAUUGAAGCCAACGUCGAGGAAGGUGCAGACCACCUAACGAACUCCUCCGUCAGUCCAACUAGUUUGGCCGUACGGUCAAUUCAGGCGCUAAUGAUCUCCACGUCACCAAAGAAAUCACCAAAGAGUCAUAGUCCUGGUGAACUCCCUUACUCCCUUUGGAAGUCUCGAUCAGGUCAGCCUUGUGAGGACGCUAAAGUGGCCGACAGAGCCCAGAUCACGACCCGCUGCUCCGGCACAGAAUCCGGUGACUUCAAAGUGUCGUCUACUUACUUUCAGUCAGCAAAUCCAAGUAAGGACAGAACCAGAUCACUUCACAAAGUGAUUCUCAAAGCAACUCGGUCCCAGGCUGUCCAUGUUGAGGAGCCAAGUGACGUCACGAAGGCAAUACAUAAAAAUAAGCCAAAUCUAGCUGAGGAAACAUCCCAACUAGUGGUGACUCCAAAGACUUGUGUUUUUAACAAGGUGCCUCAAGGCCAGUCCAUCCUCGGACGAGAGUCAGGUCAGAGUCAUGCAGUUACUGGUUCCAGUCCACAAGUCGACGAUCCAGAGCGCAUCUCUGUUCCAAUGAGAGAAUCCUGUCCAGAUUUGGUUGCAGCCUUCGUAACCACGGUGGUAGAUCCUUCAAAGGUUUCCUUCCAUGGAGCACGUCAACGUCGGACCGUCCUCUGCACAGAGACACAGGAGCUAUCCAACAGUCCAGCCCAGAAAGCUCCAACUGUCGAUAUUCCACAAGUUGAAUCCAGUACACACGAGGUUCUGGUUCCAACAGAAGAAACCAAAAACCCAAGUGUGUUUACUAAAGAUGCAGAUGACAAGUCAAGUGAUCAGUCAACUGUCCCCUUAGCAAAAGCAUCUUAUAGGCAAGAAAAGUCAUGGGCCCAGAAGUUACGGAAUGUUCCUAAAGACUCUAGAGAAGGUCUGAUGUCUCAAUCAGUGAAAGUAGAAAGCUCUGGAGCUAAGAAACAUCAGGAUGGAUCCCAGAGAUCAGAUGGAGCGAGCAAACAAGAACCAAAUAAUGAUUGUAAAGUCUUAAUGAUGGACACAAGAAGGACCAGAAGAAGCCUACAAUCAGGUCCACCUAAACAUGCAAACCUUGUUUCAGCAAAACCCAAGAAAAACAGGACAAACCAGGAGAACCUAAAGAUUCUGGUUACCUCCUCAAACAGCAGCUCCAAUAUAAAUGUGUGCAGAAGAAUAACAAGAAGCUUUAAAACAUUAGUGGGAAACCAAGAUGUUGGAGGAGAAACCACAACGUCCAGCAGUGAGGGAACCAAAAAAGUGCAUUUUAAGAGUGAAGGGUCAGAAAAAACCCUCAGCAUUAAUACACGCCCAAGCAGGAAGGUAAAAGGAAGCUGUGGUCCAUCAGUGGCUAACGUACCAGGUGAAAACGUCACUCCAGUAAAGAAGGAAUUAAGCUCAGAUCAGCCAGGAGGAAACGAUGGAGGAAGAACUUUGAGAAGCAGCAGCGUGAGGACGGGAUCCGUCUCACUGCAGUUACGUGAAAUUACUCACGAGACCAGAAAUAAAGAACAGAGACGCCAAACGAGAAGCUCCACGCUAGCACAGCAGCUCCGGGUGGAUCAGGAGAAGGAAGAAACAGAGCCGGGCAGGCUGAGCAGAUACGAGAACCACCCCAAAAACACUCCAGAGGAACCCAACGUGGUGGAUGAGAAGGUCAGAGAUGCUGGAGGUGGAGUCAUGACCAGAAGCAGAAGAAUGAAACAGGAGCAGCUGGAGAGGAAGCAGAAACGAGCAGCGCAGGUCUGAAGCUUCAUCAGCACGGCGAGUAAUGAACGAUACGCUGAAGGAUCUCGCUCGCUUCAGCACAUCGAGAAAUAAAACAUGCACUGGAACCCAGACAGUGUCACAGAUACACGGACGCGAAACACACAGAAAACAUCCGACAGAAAAAUAAAUACAACAAAGUCACGCCAGGAAGGUCAAAGAUGCACCAACCAGACGAGAGCAAGAAGAGAUCCAUCGUUCAGUAAAUCCACCGUCUGGUCCUUUAAACCAGAAGAAUAAAUACAAUUAAUUAAUUAA